CCCUGGCGCCCGGCGGGGCUCGAGGGCCGUUCCCGGGGUGGGGGCAGGGGAGAUGGACCCGGUCCCGGGGGACCGUCCUGCGCUCCUACCUCGGGCCACGGACAGGGACCGGGAGAGAAUCUUGCUUAGCUGACCAGGGGAGAGGGCCAUGUGGACCCCAUUUUUCCAUUCCCUUGCGUGCUGCCCCCUCCCCUCCCACGGCCCUGGGAACAAUGCAGCUCCGCGUGCGGGCUGAGAGGACCCUGCCCCACACCAGGUUCCACGCUGUCCCUUCCCAGGCAGCCAGGUGCCUACUUCCCACUUUCACCCAGAGGCCCGAGGUGCCUGCAGGGAUUAGCGCCUGGAGAGCUCGGGCUCCCUGGGGACGUCGUCCCUGGGUCCCUGAGGACCCGCUUCCCCCUAGGAGUGUCUUCGCGCUCCCCGCGCUCUACACAAAGAGAGGCAACGGUCCCUUUCGGGGAGGGCGGCUCACGCCCAUCCUCCACCCUCGGAGUUGGUGUAUCCUCCACCUCGGAUUGGGUAUCCCGGAGAAGCUACGGCUAUCUGGCCCUUUUUAAACAAACCCCGGUUCCGGGCUGAAGCCGAGGCGGGGACCCUCUCCUGACGCUGCGCUCUCUGCGAGGCAACCUUUCACGUCCAUCGCUUGUCAUCUUAGGAUCCCCAUGUUAUUUUAGCCCAGAUUGGCUAGUUCUGGGGAGGCAGCAUGGUGGGACGAUUCUGUCCCGAGUCCCCGCCAGGCUUUGUCCGGGUCGCCGCUACCAGCGCGGUCUCCCUAGACCCUCCAUCCGGGGAACCUCGCCCCGGGUGCGGGUACCGGGGGCCGCGCAGCGCUGCCGCGAGGGUGUAUGGAUGCACCUCGCCGGCGAGAGAGACCGGGGGCUGGGCCUGGGAGACCCUAGCGGGGGCGGGGGCGAAGAAGAUUUAUUCCAGUGAAACAACAACUGGAACUUCAAGUAACUCCUCCCAGAGUACUUCCAACUCUGGGUUUGCCCCAAAUCCAACUAAUGCCACCACCAAGGCGGCUGGUGGUGCCCUGCAGUCAACAGCCAGUCUCUUCGUGGUCUCACUCUCUCUUCUGCAUCUCUGCUCUUAAGAGACUCAGGCCAAGAAACGUCUUCUAAACUUCCCCAUCUUCUAAACCCAAUCCAAAUGGCGUCUGGAAGUCCAAUGUGGCAAGGAAAAACAGGUCUUCAUCGAAUCUACUAAUUCCACACCUUUUAUUGACACAGAAAAUGUUGAGAAUCCCAAAUUUGAUUGAUUUGAAGAACAUGUGAGAGGUUUGACUAGAUGAUGGAUGCCAAUAUUAAAUCUGCUGGAGUUUCAUGUACCAGAUGAAGGAGAGGCAACAUCCAAAAUAGUUAAGACAUGAUUUCCUUGAAUGUGGCUUGAGAAAUAUGGACACUUAAUACUACCUUGAAAAUAAGAAUAGAAAUAAAGGAUGUGAUUGUGGAAUGGAGA